CGUUAGGGGAGAGGUGAAAAUUGAAAUCACUUGAAAAUCUUAUCAUUUCUUGUGACUCAAGAAUCGUUCCGCAUCACUAGAAGUUGGUAUCGUGUCAAACGCAAGUACUCUUUUAUCCUUAGGUCGACUUUUUAAGAGAAGCUUCACGGUAAGGCUCAGGUCAAACGUCGAACUGCACAUGAGCCGAACCUAAUUGUAACAGUGGAUAACAAUGCGGUCUUCUUUGAUGUCAUUGGGUUCGGCUCAUGUGAAGUUCGACGUUUGGCAUGAACGUAAUCUGAGUUGAUACUCGGGUUAACAUGAACGUAAUCCACUGAAGCUUAUGGCAUUCCUGUCAAUAUCUUGUCGUGACGUUACACUCCAAUAGAAAGUACUAGUCAUGAUAAGCACGAUUAUUGGCGGACAUCAAGUCAUUCAUAAAGAAUUAACUCCGCCCAAUUGGAAAAAACUCAAUCCGCCAAAGGCAUUUUUACUGCAUAUCAAAUAUUGUAACAUGUUUUGCUUGGUAUUUUCUUAAGUCCAAUAAACAAAUGAAAUGUUUUGGUUUUAACAGAACAACACGAACGAAGACAUUGUUAACUGACUGACGCUGGACAUUCUUAUCAUGAGAUCAGUGUUAUCCGAUUUACAAUGUCGACUGAUAUCAUUUACAAUAUCGAACAACAAAAUAUAUUGAACAGAAAAUGACGGCAAAUGGUUGUGUUGACUUAUUCCUAUUUGAAAUGACGAAUAUUGUUUCUACAAAUAUUAUUGGAAUCUAACAUGGUUUUAGCACCUAACAGCGAAUCGAUCGUGCGUACAUCCCAUCGUUGACACCAUGGAACUACCAAACCGUUAAGGCAAGGCCAUGAUGUAACUGGUAACUGAUUGGCUGUUGAUGGUGCUAUAGUAUGAUAGCCUUCAAAUCAACUGACCCAAUCAACUUGGACGUCCUUCAUUCUGUUUAUUGUGAAAACAAGUCAAAUAUCAAAUCUUUGGUGGACUUAAAUAAGUUCGAUAUGAGAGACAUUGUCCAUCUGCAAGUUGGUCAAUGCGGGAAUCAAGUCAGCACCAAAUUUUGGGAGGUUAUCGCAGAGGAGCAUGGGAUUGAUCCACAAGGUCUUUACCAUGGAAACGCUCCUGCGCAACUGGAUAAAGUCAACGUGUACUUCGACGAGAAACAAGAUGGUCGUUACGUCCCGCGUGCAGCCUGUAUAGACCUCGAACCAGGCUCUAUCGACUCGUUACGAUCGUCACAAUAUGGACACCUAUUCAGUCCUGAUAACUGUAUCUAUGGUCAGUCCAGUGCGUCAAACAACUGGGCAAAAGGUUUCUACACCGAGGGCUCAGAACUCCUUGAAUCAGCGAUGGACUGUAUAAGAAAAUUAGCAGAAUUUUGUGACUCGAUCCAAGGCUUCCAACUCGCCCAUUCUCUCGGCGGAGGGACUGGGUCUGGUUUAGGAUCACUUCUGAUAUCAAAGCUUCGUGAAGAAUAUCCCGAUAGAUUGAUAUCUACCUACAGUGUUCUCCCAUCUCCCCGGGUAUCGGAGACUGUCACUGAGCCGUAUAACGCGACAUUAAGUUUCCAUCACCUAGUAGACUUGGCGGAUGUUGCUGUGUGUGUUGACAACGAGGCUUUGUAUAGUAUUUAUUCUGAUGUAUUGAGAAAGAAAACACCGACAUACAGCGAACUGAACAAACUGGUAGCCAUUACCAUGAGUGGUGUUACUACGUCGCUAAGGUUUCCUGGUCAGUUGAACGCAGAUCUUCGUAAACUGGCAGUAAACAUGGUUCCUUUCCCGCGCCUUCACUUCUUCAUCCCUGCGCAUGCGCCACUCAUUAGUCAGCGGUCUGAGAUGUACAGAUCAUACAGUGUAUCUGAACUGACCAAUCAGAUGUUUACGUCGCAAGGGAUGAUGGUAGCAUGUGAUCCUCGUCAAGGAAGGUACUUGACUGUAGCUUCCAUGUUUAGAGGUCAACUGUCUAUGCGUGACGUGGAGAACGCAAUGCUAGAAAUGCAGGACGUCCAUUCAUCUUCCUUCGUGGAAUGGAUCCCAAACAACAUGAAGACAGCCGUGUGUGACGUACCACCAAAAGGAAUGACGUCAUCAGCGACAUUUCUGUACAACAGCACAGCCAUUCAAGAAGCCUUUAAAAGAUUUACUGAACAAUUUGCCGCCAUGUUCAGGAGGAGAGCGUACCUUCACUGGUACACUGCAGAGGGUAUGGAUGCGAUGGAAUUCACAGAGGCUGAUUCCAACCUUAGCGACCUCAUCUCUGAGUACCAACAGUACGAGGAAGCUACGCCAGAUGAUGUGGUGUACCUGGAAGAGGAGAGUAGUGAAGAGGUUGAAGACUUGCAAACUGAUAUCAUUAGUUUCUACUGAUAGUUCGUAUUGCCUGCCGGACGGUGUGCAUAAAAGUAUAUUCCACUUCGUACAACAGCUAUAGCUUACCUUCAAAUCCUGUUAAAGUCAAUGCCCUGUGCUGGAUUUCAAAAAAAUGUUGGGCCAUUGGAUGAUCCCUGUGCUCAGGGUUCUGUAUUAACGGUUCUAAGAAUUAAGAUACACAGAAAAACAAGCCUGGAUACCUUUUAUUGGCUGCUUAACAUUGUCAAAGACUUACGCAACAUACAACCCCCAAUUAACGAUCGUACCCAAAACCUUUAGAAUUUUAAGCACAAGACUGACAAUCUCGGGCCCAGUGCCUUUUGGGUGGCAGAUCAAAGCCCAUGUAUAUACACAUCUACACACACUCGACCAAAGUUGUCACUCUCGUAAUAGUCUUUCAAAUCCUCUCCGUACCAGAUCUUCAGCGUCGAGUGUUGAGGGAAAAAGAAUGGGUCUAGAUAAUUGGUGAAUACCAGUUCCUUGGAGUAGAGAGUAUGGAUGAACGGGAGGUUGUACCAGAGACCGCCUGCAUGGUUCAUGCUCAUGUAUUUUUGUAGUGGGUACACGACGUUGUUAUGCUUGUCUGUGACUACCACAUUGAGAAGAUUCAGAGAACCUAGAAAAAUGAAUUUAGUACUAAAAUAAGAUGUUUGACUUGAAAGAAAGAGUGUACGGAAUCCUA